AUGUGGGGGGAAACACCGAGGCACAUGCUUACGAGGAAUACUACAACGGAACCAAAGAUCCAACUCAGAGCUCGCCCAAAUCCUACCAUUGACCUUGGCGCCGUCGACUGCUCCGUCUCCCUCACCCUGUGCGACCUCGACCUGCCCGACGCGCCCAUCAUCUACGCCUCCGACGGUUUCUGCGAGCUCACCGGCUACACGGUCCCGGAAGUCCUUGGCCGAAACCCUCGUUUCCUCCAGAACCCUCCGCCGGAGGCACGGUCUCUGAUCACGAGUGAAGACAGGGCCGCCAUCCGCCGCGUGUCUCGUGCCAUGGCGCAAUCGAAGGAGAUACAGCUCCCCAUCACAAAUUACAAGAAGGAUGGACAGCCCUUCAAAAAUAUCAUGAGCAUUGUACCACUGAAGCUGGGCCUGGGGGACGAGAUGCACAACUAUGCUGUUGGGCUACAAUGCGAGGUUUGA